GUGGAGCAGCGAGAGGCGGUGGCCGCACGGGAGCACCAAGUUCGGUGGCCUAUCCAUCAUCCCGGAAUGGAAUUCGCUUCCAACGGAGCUUGUCCAAGUUGUCGCCGACCGCGUCCUCUCGACCACCGGCGGCGUCGACGCGUACAUGGACAUGAGGGCCGUCUGCUCAACCUGGCGCUCUGCCAUCGCCAAGCCAUCUCCGCUCGCCGCGGUAGCUGGCCUCCGUUUCCGCCCACGCCACUGGGUCAUGCUGGACCUGCAACCCGACGACCGCAACGACGACGAUGACGCUCGCCUCUUCCUCCACGUCCCCACCGGGCGCAUCCGCCGCCUGCACCUCCCGGUGCUCCGCGACAACUUCGUCGCCGGUGCUACUGACGGUCUCCUCGUGCGCGGGGACAUGUAUCCACCGCACUUGGCUCGUGUCCUCAACCCCUUUACAGGUGACAUGCUCCACUUCCCCGCGGCGUUACCUCGACAUUUUAAGCAUACCUCGGUGAAGGGAGGCUCUCAUUCAACGCUGGUCUUGCUGAGAUGGGGCUCGGUGGUCUGUGCUGCCCCGAACAGCGAUUUCUUUACAGAGACAGAGGAGGCCGUUGAAACGUACCUGGUGAGCAUUGUUAACUACCAAGGCGACGUCUAUUGUGCCGAUGCGCGUGGAUGUGUAUUCAAGUUGGUCGCACCAGCAGCAGACCAGUGUGAUGAUGAUGAGCUCCUGGUCAUACCCGAGGUGUCGCCGCCGGGUGUGGACGUAUAUGCAGAAGAGGGAGAUGAUGAUGAUGAUACAAAAGAGGGAGAUGAUGGCAGCGAAAUGCCUUCUUAUCUCGUGGAGUCUGCUGGGGAACUGUUGCUUGUUCGCUAUGUGGAUGAAACUUUGAAAGUUUUCAGAGUCGACGUCGAGCACAAGUUGUUGGAAGAGGUCAAGAGCCUCGGCGGCCGCACGUUGUUCCUCGGCCAAGAGAGGUGUGUCUCUGUGGAUGCAGCUAAGCUUCCGUCUGUUGACGGAGAUUGCAUAUACAUGUUAGAUUUUGAAAACGUGUCCAUGUCAGAUUCUGAAGACAUGUCCAUGUCAGAUUCUGAAGACAUGCCCAUUUUAGAUUCUGGAGACAAGUGCGACAUGUGCGUGUAUAACCUAAGAGGUGACAUGGUGGAUAUUAUCUACAGCAAGGACUUUCGUGCUCGACCUUUUAGCCUUGUUCAGGUUCUCUUGUGGUACUGCGAUGUCCUUCCCAAAUUGUAGAGGUUGUGAAAAUAAACCUGUUCUGGCCUUGCUGCUAGUGCCUCGUGCCACUGUGAGUAGUAGAUUAAGUAGUAGGGUUUUCCAUGUUGGAACAGUUUUAUGUACUAUUUUGAUUAUCUCCUUCAUAUUA